AUGUCAGAUAACAUGGAUCAUACGCACAAUCCAUGCGCUCAUGCCUUGGUCCGCAUUUCGUCUGACAUCAACCUUCCGCAGAUCGCUCACGCCGUAGAGGACACACAGAUGCAAGACGCACCAGUCAUCACCCCCAAGCCGCAACGCACACUCGAAGAAGAGAAGUGCCAUAGACUAUGGCGGCACGUCCAGAAAGUGCAGCAAGCCUUCAACACCCAGCCCUACACCGGCGAGUACCACCACGGCCCCAAGACCCGACUCCUCUUCGCAAAGGGCAUUAACUCCGCCACAGACCUCCUUAAUCUCGAAGCCCUAUCUCUCGUCAUUUGCAACGAUCGUCCAGACAUCGAAUCCACCUUGCUCGAGCCGCUCGCUCAAGUCCACAAGCCCAUCUUGCGCUUGCACUGCAUGGGAACGAUUCGCCGCAAGGACCACGAUAUCUGUGCUGUCUCGCUAAUAGAGGCGUUCCUGAAUGACUUGGAAGGCAUGCACACGCUUAGGAUGGGUGAGAUUGCAGUUUCGUGGGAUCAUCGGUCCGAGUACGCUAAGCGUAAGGACACUGAUGGACCGGCUUCGCUUUCGCUGAUGGGCGAUGUCUAUCAGCUGCCUAAUGUCACGCCCCAGGACUUUAAUCGGCGCAGCGUCAUCCGACCUACUGCAGGUGGUGGUAAUAACUUUGCGAACUUCUUUGAAGCACCGGUUAAUCCGUCGCGUCCCCGCAUCGUUACUGCCAAGACGGAUGAUGGACUGCGCGGGAUUGUGAGACUGGAGGCUUGUCAGAUGGGGGUGGCGACGGUGCCGGAACUGGUCUUGGCUGUAAGCCGGAUCAUGAAGGGUAAGCUGCUGCCGUAUAUGUUUGAGGAUCCGUUCUAUGUGGAGUGCGGCUUUGGGAAGGUGGAGUGGAUGGAGGUUGUUGCAGAGUUAGGACAUAGCGAAGAGGAGGGUUGA